AUGGCGGAUAUUGCUAGCAAAGAGGUGCCUUUGCACUCAGUACAAGUUGAGGCAUUGGUUGUUAUGAAGAUUGUAAAGGCUUGUGCCGCAACCUACCCAACCACAGCUACUGGAUCGAUCGUUGGUAUGGACUCGAACGGAACUCUCCAAAUCACAAAUUCCUUCCCAUUCCCCACGACGGACGUUACUGCCUCGGAUUCCCACCCAAAUGACCACAUGGCCGCCUCGAACAUCGCUGCCGCAGCUCCAAGAUCGAAAGCCAAUGUCAUUUACCAGAGUGAGAUGAUCAAAAUGUUGAAGGAAGUCAAUGUCGAUGCAAACAACGUCGGAUGGUACACGAGUGCAAACAUGGGAAAUUUUAUCAACACCAGCCUGAUCGAAAACCAAUUCUUCUACCAAAAGGAACCAAAUGAGAGAACUGUCGCGCUUGUCCACGAUGUCAGCAGAAGUUCCCAAGGUGCUUUGAGUCUACGUGCUUUCAGACUUUCCCCAACCUUCAUGGCCGCGUACAAGGAGGGUAAAUUCACCACUGAGAACAUGCAAAAGUCGAAGCUCACAUACAAAGACAUCUUGGUCGAAUUACCUAUCAUCGUCCACAACUCCCAUCUCUUGACCUCUUUCUUGCACCAAAUGCCAGUCGAAUUACCAAAGAAGGAUCUUGAAUUCCCCGCAAGUUUCGCAGACCUCAACCGAAACACACCGCCAACUCCUCUUUAUCCUAACAUGGAAUCUUUGGACUUAUCUAUUGAUCCUUACUUGGAGCGAACCUGUGAUAUGCUUUUGGACAGCAUAGAAACUCAUUACACUGAGCUCAACAACUUCCAAUACUUCCAAAGACAAUUGACUCGUGAGCAAGCCAAGGUCACAGCAUGGAAGGCAAAGCGUACAGCGGAGAAUGCUACUAGAGCUACACAGAAACUUGCUCCUCUACCUGAGGAUGAGUGGGAAAGACUCUUCAAGCUCCCAACAGAACCAAGCAGAUUGGAGGGUAUGUUGAACGCACGACAAGUUGAGCAAUAUUCAAGACAGGUGGACGGAUUCACUGCUAGCAUCACCGGAAAGAUGUUUGCAGUAAAGAGCAACCUCUUACCAGAACAAAACUAA